AAUUAUUAUAUAAAAGAAGCAUUAGACGAGUAACCAAAUACCAAGGCCAAGGGUGAGGCUUUGAGUGAACAAAAUGGGAUUGAAAAAGUUGGAGUUUUUAGUGACUUUGAGUGUGAUGCUUCUUUGCAGUGUUGAAGGAAAGGUCCAUUACCAGGAUUUUGUUCUGAAAGAUAAAAAUUUUACAAGAUUGUGCAGCACAAAAUCUGCUCUGGUAGUGAAUGAAAGCCUUCCAGGGCCAGUGCUUUAUGUAAACAAGGGAGAUACAGUUUUUGUUAAUGUUCACAACCGAGGAGGCUUUAAAGUCACCAUUCACUGGCAUGGAGUGAAGCAACCAAGAAACCCAUGGUCUGAUGGUCCAGAAUACAUUACACAAUGUGGAAUUCCGCCUGGUGGAAACUUUACCUAUGAGGUCAUAUUUUCUGAAGAAGAAGGCACCCUUUGGUGGCAUGCCCAUAGUGACUGGACAAGAAACACUGUCAUGGCUGUCCAUGGAGCCAUUGUAAUUUAUCCUGAACAAGGAAAAUCCUAUCCUUAUCCCAAGCCUGAUGCAGAAGAAAUUCUUGUACUGGGUUCAUGGUAUACCUAUGAUGUGAAUCUAUUAGUUGAACAAGAUCUUGCAAUUGGGGAUACUUUACCGGUUUCUGAUGCUUACAUCAUAAAUGGCCAACCGGGAGAUUAUUGUGCUUGCUCCAACGAAUCAACAUACCGUUGGCAAGUUGAUUCUGGGAAGACGUAUCUUCUUCGUAUAGUGAAUGCAAUUAUGAACGCAGAAGUAUUCCUGGCAAUUGCAGAACACAAUCUCACUGUUGUAGGAAUGGAUGGAGCAUAUCUUAAACCAUUUGUCACAAGCUAUAUACUGAUAGGUCCAGGACAAACCAUGGACAUUCAAACCAUGGACAUUCUUGUCACAAUAAACCAGUCUCUUGGUCAAUAUUACAUUGCUGCUAGACAAUAUACAGGAAGGGUCGUUUAUGCUACAUAUGACAAAACAAAUGUUACUGCAAUUCUUGAAUAUAGUGGCAACUAUACGUCGCCACCAGCUUCUCCUUCUUUCCCAUCCACAACCCUUCCUUCUUACGCAGAUAUGGAGGCUGCAAUUAGUUUCAGGAAUAACUUGAGAAGCCUUCAUAAUCAGAAUGUCCCGAAAAAUAUCACUACCCACAUGUACAUUAUAGCUUCUAUGAACUCAUUCUCGUUUAACAGUUCAGGAAAUGAAACAGUCUCUCAAGAUUCAAGCUUAAACAAUGUUACUUGGGUAAACCCUAAGAUAGAUGUGCUUCAGGCUUACUACAGCAACAUGAGUGGUUUUUACACCGAAGAUUUCCCGGACAUGCCACCGGAGUUUUACGAUUUCGUUGCAGGAACUUUGCCAGCUAAUGCUAGCGAAUCUUUGAAGGGGACAAAGGUGAAGGUGCUGGAAUAUGGAGAAGAAGUAGAAAUGGUGUUUCAAUCAUCUAAUUUAUUUAAUACUUCAGAGGAUCAUCCAAUGCAUCUCCAUGGAUAUAGUUUUUAUGUGGUUGGAGCUGGAGGAGGAAAUUUCGAUUUCGAAGAAGAUCCGAAAACAUAUAAUUUGGUUGAUCCACCAUAUUUGAACACUGCUACGCUUCCAACGAAAGGGUGGCUGGCUAUUCGAUUCAAAGCAAAUAAUCCUGGAGUAUGGUUCCUGCAUUGUCACUUAGAGCACCAUCUUACCUGGGGAAUGAAUACAGUUUUUAUAGUGAAGAAUGGCGGUACUCCUCAGACUACUCUCCGAGAACCACCGUCUUAUAUGCCUUCUUGUGAUGAUUCACCGGUAAUUGUGCUUCGGAAAUCUGAAUAUUCAUCUGCAAGUGUGAAAGGCAAAUGAAUUAAGUAACUAUAUGUUAACCAUCAGAAAUUGAGGGUUAAAAGAAUUGUAAAUUGAGAGAAUUUGAGAAUUAGCCCCUUUUCUAAAUUUAGUUGGAGAUAUAUAUAUUAGGAGAUGAGUAAUUAUAGUAGAAUAAAGGAUAGAGAAAAUCCUAAAUUAUCCGUUAGUUAAAGUUUAUUUAGAAAUCUAAUAUAGUUGAAUAUAUUUAUAUAUUAAUAAUAUUAAUAUUCAAUUAUUAA